AGAUCAUUCCUCCAAGUGACUCAAAAUAGUGGAACAUGAACGCAAUGGUUCCUUCACGAGCCUAUGAAGGCCUUUGUUAUUGAAAGUAGUAUCUCAUUAUGGGAAUAGGAGAGCAUUCAAUCACAAUAAAUGGAAGAAAUGUAGUCCCAAAUUUCCGAGAUUGCAGAUCACUCGCAAAUCCAUGCCAAACCACAAGUUAUCAGUAUGAAGAUUCUGGAAAAAUUGCUCUUUCCUCUGGACAAGGAAAUGAUAAAGGUAAAAGAAGGGAGAAACUGCAAUACCAAGGCUCUAAUGCAAAGCACCAUGCGACUGAGCCACAGGACCAGCCUCUGUUGAAACCUAUCAAUAAUGUGGUCCAUGAUGAUGAACUUAUGCCGCUCUCAGGGAACCCUUACUUUCAUUGCAUUAUGGUGAAAUCAAAUGUGAAACCCCCUUUUCAGCUGGUCAUUCCAGUAAAACUGCAUCAAUUGCUUCCAUCAACCAUGGUUCCUGUGGUUCUUACUUUCCGGAACAAGGACUGGAAGGUGACAUAUUAUGGAGAUCGUAACUUAAAACGCUUUGAUCCCAGCUGGAAACAUUUUGCAGUUGACAACGAUUUGAAGAUUGGAGAUGGCUGUGUUUUUGAUCUCAUGACGAACACUAGUGAGAUUAUCAAGUUCAGAGUGCAGAUUCUGAGAGGUGAUAUCCCGGAUGAAUUCCUCCGCAGGGUCAGUGGUGAGAGUUUGGAGGUGCCUAUUUUAAUUGAAUAGGAUUUUUGUGCAUUAAUAUUUUCUUAUAGAUAUGUUGUGCAUGUAUAUGGGCUCUUAUAUGCCUGCACAGGGCAUCUAGUAAAUUCCAAUGCACCUAUAU